UUACCAUAAACUAUCGCUGUUGACAUGCCGAUUCCGAAACUUGACAGGAAGCAGGAUUGGGUUUUUAAAUCAAGGGCAGAUAACUCUAAUGAGAAAAUCCUGACUGGGGGAAGUUACAGCUGUGAAGUGAAGCUAUGUCCAAGAACCACGCCUAUGCACUGGGUAUUGACAUUGGGACGACAUCAGUCAAGGUGUCUGUGCUGGACAUUGUGUCACAAGAAACCAUCUGUUCCGCUUCCCAGAAGUCAGCAGCAGACACUGUCAGUGAUGUCGGCCAUCUUGGAUCCGAGCAGGACCCUGACAAAAUAUUGCACGCAUUGAGUGAGUGCAUCAGGAAGAUCCCACCUUGUGCCCAGAAGCAGGUUGAAGGAAUCGGAGUGACGGGGCAGAUGCACGGGAUCAUGUUGUGGAAGGGCAAGGAGGUUGCGGAAGCAACUGAUCUGGACACAAAGGUCGUCACCAGUCCCCUGUACACAUGGAUGGACCAGCGCUGCACCCCCGAGUUCCUGGCCACCCUCCCAGCCCCCUCCUCCCACCUCCAGCUGGCCACAGGGCAUGGCUGUGCCACGCUGUUCUGGCUGACUCGCCACAAGGGGGAGGUCGUCACUGACAUGGGGUACGACUGCAGUGGUUCAGUGAUGGACUAUGUUGUAGCGAGACUCUGUGGCUUGAAGAAACCGGUGACUUCGGUCCAAGUGGCAGCCAGUUUGGGCUAUUUCAACACACAGCUGUUGUCUUGGAACACAGGCAUACUGUCUGAGAAUGGCUUCCCGACUGACCUCUUGGAGGAGGUCGUGCCUGCUGGGAAUGUAGCCGGUCAGCUACAGCGUCCCUGGCUGGACAUCCAGCCUCACAUCCCAGUGUAUGCCGCGCUGGGGGACAUCCAGUGUGCCUUUCUGUCUAUCCUACAGGACCCUCACGACGCAGUCCUGAACCUGAGCACAUCCAUUCAAAUGGGCUAUGUUGUCAAGGGAGACAACUCCGUGAAGUCUAGCUCUCUGGAGGACAAGUCUGCCACAUUGUGUUAUUUCCCUUACUUCGGUGAUGAGUACCUGGCCCUGAGUACUGGCCUGAAUGGUGGCAACGUACUACAACACUUUGUGUCGAUGCUGCAAGGAUGGUUCGGGGAGUUUGGGUUUGCUAUGUCUGAAACUGAUAUUUGGGCUAAGCUCUCUGACGCUGCUAUGACAUCAGAAAGCUGCAGUUUGUGCAUCACACCAACCCUGUAUGGAGAGCGCCACCAACCUUCCCUGAAAGCUAGCAUUGCCGGAAUUACCAGCAGUAACACAUCUCUCGGUGAGGUGUUCAGAGGCCUGUGUGAAUCUAUCAUAGACAAUCUACAUACACUCAUGUCGUCUCAGGUUUUAACACAAUCAGGCCAUGUGAAAAGAAUUCUUGCUAGUGGAUCAGUUAUUACUAAAAACCCUAUUGUUCGAUCUAGACUGGAGCUGGUGUAUAAGGACAUUCCCAUUGUGUAUGGACAGUCAGGUGAUUCUGCCAAUGGAGCUGCCAAGAUUGUUAAACUUUGAUUUUUUGUAACAUUAAUAAAGAAUAUAAAUCUACAGUAAACUAUGUUUAAAACGAACACGCAUAUAUUGAACUGACCGAUAUAAUGAACUUAUUUGUUGUAUAUAUGCUUAUAUAGGACUACGGUUAUUACGAACUAAACUUAGUGGCCCCUUAGAGUUUGUCAUAACCAUAGUUUACUGUAUUUUGUUUGAAGCUUAUCAUAUGAAGAUACCAGGCUCCAUGUAGCACAGCUCUGGAGUAACAUUAAGUAUGUUUAAGGAUCUGACACCAGUCCUGGUGUGAUUCCACCCAGACAGACACCAGUCCUGGUGUGACCCCACCAAGACAGACACCAGUCCUGGUGUGACUCCAACCAGACAGACACCAGUCUUGGUGUGACUCCAACCAGACAGACACCAGUCCUUGUGUGACUCCACCCAGACAGACACCAGUCCUGGUGUGACUCAACCCAGACAGACACCAGUCCUGGUGUGACUCCAACCAGACAGACACCAGUCUUGGUGUGACUCCACCCAGACAGACACCAGUCCUGGUGUGACUCAACCCAGACAGACACCAGUCCUGGUGUGACUCCAACCAGACAGACACCAGUCCUGGUGUGACUCCAACCAGACAGACACCAGUCCUGGUGUGACUCCACCCAGACAGACAACAGUCCUUGUGAGACCCCACCCAGACAGACACCUGUCCUUGUGUUACUCCACCCAGACAGACAACAGUCCUUGUGAGACCCCACCCAGACAGACACCUGUCCUUGUGUUACUCCACCCAGACAGACAACAGUCCUUGUGUGACUCCACGCAGACAGACACCAGUCCUUGUGUGACUCCACCCAGACAGACAACAGUCCUUGUGUGACUCCACCCAGACAGACACCAGUCCUUGUGUGACUCCACGCAGACAGACACCUGUCCUUGUGUUACUCCACCCAGACAGACACCAGUCCUGGUGUGACUCCAACCAGACAGACACCAGUCCUGGUGUGACUCCAACCAGACAGACACCAGUCCUGGUGUGACUCCACGCAGACAGACACCAGUCCUUGUGUGACUCCACCCAGACAGACACCAGUCCUGGUGUGACUCCAACCAGACAGACACCAGUCCUUGUGUGACUCCACCCAGACAGACACCAGUUCUGGUGUGACCCCACCCAGACAGACACCAGUUCUGGUGAGACCCCACCCAGACAGACACCUGUCCUUGUGUUACUCCACCCAGACAGACACCAGUCCUUGUGUUACUCCACGCAGACAGACACCAGUCCUGGUGUGACUCCACCCAGACAGACACCAGUCCUGGUGUGACCCCACCCAGACAGACACCAGUUCUGGUGUGACUCCAACCAGACAGACACCAGUCCUUGUGUGACCCCACCAAGACAGACACCAGUCCUGGUGUGACCCCACCCAGACAGACACCAGUUCUGGUGAGACCCCACCCAGACAGACAACAGAUCUUGUGUAACUCCACCCAGACAGACACCAGAACUUGUGUGACCCCACCAAGACAGACACCAGUCCUGAUGUGACUCCACCCAGACAGACAACAGUCCUGGUGUGACUCCACCCAGACAGACAUUAGUCCUGAUGUGACUCUACCCAGACAGACAUUAGUCCUGAUGUGACUCCACCCAGACAGACAACAGUCCUGGUGUGACUCCAGCCAGACAGACAUUAGUCCUGGUGUGACUCUACCCAGACAGACACCAGUCCUGGUGUGACUCCACCCAGACAGACACCAGUCCUGGUGUGACUCCAUCCUGACAAAUAAUAAUCCUUGUGUGACUCCAGUCCUGGUGUUACUUCGGGUUGUGCUGAGAUCUGAACCGAGUCAGAAUAGUACCAAUUUGUACUUGAUAAAACAGAACCAAAUUAGGUGAACAAAUGUGGAUUUUCUUGCAGAAAAACAGACCUUUUUUAGAUUUUUAUAGCGAAAAAGGAAAACAAACAAUAUAUUACCAUUUGCCAUUCAUUUAUUCCACACAAACCAAUUAAAUUCAUAUUUUUUUAACAAUAUACUAACAAUAAUUUAAGAAUUUAUUUCACACAUCAGGUGGAAAUUGUUUACAACAAAUUUAUUUCAGAUAUCCUUAUUUCAUUCCCCAAGUUGUACAUCAUAUUAUUGAACAGGUAAUCUUUCUGAUCUUCAGUGGAAAGGAAGACUUGACCUAAAGACGAUAACAUGAUAUAUCUUAUCCCAGUUUUGUAGAAGUCUUGGCUGUGUAAACGUUUUCCACAGCUGCUACUAGGUGACCAGGGGCGGUCGGGUAGCCUGGUGGUUAAAGCGUUCGCUCGUCACGCCGAAGACCCGGGUUCGAAUCCCAACAUGGGUACAAUGUGUGAAGCCCAUUUUUGGUGUCCCCCGUUGUGAUAUUGCUGGAAUAUUGCUAAAAGCGGUAUAAAACCAAACUCUCACUCAUUACUAGGUGACCGUUCGAGUCGAAAUGGUUACCAUCUGGAUCCUUACUCAUGUUUAGGAACAAAUGUUAAUCUGACAAAACUGGAUCAGGAGGGUAAAGUGGGUGCUGAAGGAGUUCAAAGCCACACACAUGGACUACCCACAGCAAUGAUUGAUUUGUUAACCGAAGCCUUGUCCGGGUAGAAGACCACAUGUUUUCUCAGCUUCCACACAUAUUGGUCUUAAUUUCUUUAAACAUGCAGCAUAAUGAGCUCCAUUUCUGCGUGGUCAUUUGGAAGAUAGUCCACUAUGAUGACGCCCUUGGUAUCCCAGAACAAGUAUGCCACAACCUUUCCAGCUGAUGGGACAGUCUUAGCCUUCUUUGGUGUGGUGAUGUCAAAUGCUUCCUGUCUUUGGAAUCGUUUCACAAAUCACAACAAGAAACAUUUUCGAUCAGUUUCAAACAGAGCUAGAUUGUCACGAGACGUGUGCCUGGUGCGGGUUUUUUUUUAUCAAAUGUCAGAAGCUUUAGACCCCAAAGUAUCAGAUAAUGGAAUCUAAUCCAGAGAAAUGCCUACUGAACCAGCAGUAUGACGCUCAGUCAUUAGCGACCCGUGAAGAUCCGGGGUUGAUUAGGUCUUCAGCAACCAAUGCUUGCCAUAAAAGGCGACCAUGCUUGUCGUAAGAGGCGAAGGUGAUUAAC